AUGAGUCCGGCACAGGAGAGCAUCAAAGAUGCCGAUUUCAUCCUUCCUCCCGAUGUGGACGCCAAAUCUUUCGUCGCUGCUAUGGAUGAGAUGCGCAAAGUCGUUGGCAGCGAGAAUCUCGAAAUCAUAACCGCGGCCAAGAUGAUGCCGGAUUCGGAUGGUCAUUAUUUCAAUCUUCCCCGAGAACACGAUCUCUUUUAUUGUUUGGAGAAAGACACAUUUCUUGCAAGCGCAGUCAUUGUUCCAGGUAGUGUUGAAGACGUUUCAGCCAUUGUAAAAUUAGCCAACAAGUAUCUCGUGCCAUUAUGGCCUAUCUCUCGAGGACGUAACCUUGGUUAUGGUGGUGCUGCACCACGACUUCGAGGAAGUGUUGUCCUUGACAUGGGUGGCCGGAUGAACAAAGUACUUAAUAUUGACGAUGAGCAUGCUACGGCUCUUUUAGAGCCAGGUGUAUCAUACUUUUCGCUCUAUGGUUACCUACAGAAUAAUGGCCAUAAGCACUUGUGGAUUGAUAGCCCAGAUCUCGGUGGUGGUUCCGUUGUCGGUAAUGCUCUUGAUCGAGGAGCAGGGUACACCCCGUACGGUGAACAUUUCUCGAUGCAUUGUGGCAUGGAAGUUGUUCUUCCGAAUGGCGAGAUCAUACGUACCGGAAUGGGUUCUCUGCCGGAGAACAACACAUGGCAGCUUUUUCAAUAUGGCUACGGUCCAUACCCCGAUGGAAUUUUCUCGCAGUCCAACUUUGGAAUUGUCACAAAACUGGGUAUAUGGCUCAUGCCAGAUCCAGGCAAUGCACCAACUAUCAGAAACACCUUGAUCGAUGCAGCCGUCUAUGCUCAAAAGGCCGAGUACAGCCUGUCCAAAGAGGUCCUUACCGAAACCGAAGUCGAUGAGAUUGCUAAGAAAAUUGGUGUCGGGCGCUGGAAUAUCUAUGGUGCACUAUAUGGCCCAGAGCCAAUGAGAAAGUUGCAAUGGGAAGUGAUUAGAAGCACGUUGAUGACAGUCCCUGGUGCGAGCUUCCAAUUCGCUGCAGACGUCGAAAAGGAACCCAAGGCCAAGGUCUUGCACAUGCGAGAGGAGACACUGAAGGGCAUCCCCAACACUUACGAGCUCGGAUGGCUGGAUUGGACAUGCAAGAAUGGUUCUCUGCUUGGGUUCUCGCCCAUUUCGCCAGUCACUGGUGCGGAUGCCUCAAGGCAGUACGAAAUGGUCAAGCGACGGUUCCAUGAAUUUGGGUUUGACUACAUUGGAACAUUCGUUGUUGGUUGGAGAGAGCUACACCAUAUCGUGUGCCUGACCUUUGAUAAGACUGACCCGGACUCACGUCGGAGGGCACAUCGCUGUAUUGAGCUUCUUAUUGAUGAUGCUGCCAAGCUUGGCUAUGGAGAGUACCGAACCCAUACUGCCUUCAUGGACCAAAUCGCCAGCGUCUACAACUGGAAUAACAACUCCACUUUGAGGUUCAACGAGACACUCAAAGAUGCUCUAGACCCCAACGGCAUAUUGGCGCCGGGGAAGAGCGGCAUUUGGCCAAAGCGGCUCAGGAAUAGGGGUUUCGAGAUUCAGCGAAGCUCUCCAACAUCGGACGGAGCUAGCAGCAAGCCCUAG